UGACUGUGUGGAAUGUUGAAGACUAAUGAAAUUCGAACAGAGGCCACGAGGUUGAUCGGCGAGGUCUGUGGCUAGCAUUCGUUUAAGUAGUUUUCUUCGGCUCCUCCAGAAGCGUGUUUCGUGCCAGGGUAACAGCUAUGUAAAUUUACCAGAACAAUUCACGAACCACAUUACAAUCUUUCAAUCUCCAACAAUCCUCUGUUUGGAUUGCAACAAAUUCGAACGUUCAUUGAUCUCUGAUUUAUCGACAUUCUUCAUGGUCUCCUGUUCAAAAAUGGCGCAUGCAUAUUCUUUAACGUAGAUUGUUCAACAAAUACUUCCUUAAUAAAUAAUAUAUCAAACAGUUAUAAUAAAACAAAUUAGCUACAAGGUUCUUUUAACAAAAUUUCGAACCAUGAAUGUUUUGGUGAAAUGAUUUGAUCAAUGAUAUUGUUUGAAACUCGUAAGAGGAACAUCCGAGUAAAGUUUCGUUUGUGGUGAAACGAAAAUGUCGGCCGAGAAGAAACCAGUGAAGUGGGCAGCGGUCUUGUAGUAGAUUCACUUACACAUUCUUGGGGUCUGUGGCGUAUGGUUAACGCUCACUUCCGCCAAAUGGAUGACUGUGUUCUUUAGUUCUCCACAAGAUGGCGAAGAAAAAGCUGCCACUCAGCGAAGGUUUAUCGCAGCUCAAGCAGAAGUCCGAGUACAACACGCUGAAAGAAAAACUGAUGAUUCGUCAUUGAAGAAAAGAACAAAACAUUUGUCGAAGUAUCGAGAUUCAAUUUUACCGAGCUUUUGGUUAUUGAUGAUUCAGACUGCAUCGAGUAUUACUUCCAGCACUAUGUAGAAAGCCCAUAUGUCUUCCACUGAAAUCUUUACAUCUUAAUUUUAAGCACCAUCUGAAAAAUAUAAAUCUGGAAACUAUUUUAUGAUAGUGCAAGAAUAAACCCUUGUUACAUAAUAAAUUAUCGAUAACCA